UUUAGUCGGGUCUUUCCUGGCCAGCUUCAUGGGGUCAUAAAUGAUUUGUGUGAAACCACAAGGAACAAAUCAGGGUGUGGAUUUUUACAACGUUUUGAGCUCUUUAAAAUAAAUUCAACAUUUGAGUUUAUAAAAAAAAUAAUAUAGAGAGAAUUUCAAAAAGCCGAAAAUGAUGUGUUAAAAGAACUAGUGCACUUCUCGUCACAGGCUGCCCUGAUGUGGAGUGAAAUGUUCCCGCGCUGCACUGUGCUUCGGCUCGCGUCGGAAUGGAAACAUCUGCGCGUUCGCGGGCGGCGUCACGAGGACGGGCGACAGUCGCGUUUCUCUCGCUGGGAAACAACAGACAUGAAGAAAUUUUUCGAAGAUAUAAAGAAAGACAUGAAGUUCAAGCAGGCAGGACCUGGGAAGAAACUGAACGAGGACAACAGCACCAAAAGCCUGCCGGUGCCCAGCAAUGCCCCAGCCAAGCCUCGCCAAGCACCUACGGAAGGAGCACAGAGGGCAGGUGCUGCAGCUCUGGCCAGGAUAGAGCAACAGCAUCGGCCACGACCUCAGACCUCACAGGAUGCCAUCCGUAGUCAGGUGAGAAAAGAAUUGGAGGCUGAAGCUGCAGCAAUAGUAGCAGAUCAAAAACCAGCAACAACAAUAGAGGGCUCCAAUGUGCCAGUUAAAGACUCAGCCUGUUUCUCAGUAUCUGGGGUGUAUUUCAUUUGCCCUCUUACUGGGGCUGUCUUAACAAAGAGUGAGAGGGAGGUUCGUAUUAAAGAAGCUAUUCUCAUGCAUUUUGAGAAGGACCCCCUGGAAGCCUCUAUUAUGAUGAUUCAUACCUUCAACAAGGACAGAGAGAAAGUUAAGGCUGCAGUAGACAUCAUCAGCAGGUAUGUGGACAACAUUUGUAAGAACCCCACAGAAGAGAAAUACAGGAAGAUUAAAGUAAGCAACAAGGUCUUCCAGGAGAAAGUAAGCUGCUUGGAGGGAUCUCGGGAGUUCCUGCAAGCCGCAGGAUUUGAGUUCACUGUUCUUCAAGUGGAGGGAAAGGAGGACAAGGAGGAGUUCCUGGUGUUAGCAGAGCAGGACUCUAACCAGCUGGAGCAGCUGAAGGAAAUGAAAGACAGACUCCAGAAAGGAGAGCCCCUUAGGCCACAGCUUGACCGCCAGCCACAGGCUUUCCGGUCCUCUCCCCACGCCACACACUUUGAGCUGCCCUUGGACUUCUACAAUCUGACUGCGGAGGAGCUGAAGAAGGAACAGCAGCUCAGGACAGAAGCAGUCGAGAGGAAUGCUAUGCUUCGGACGAAGGCAAUGAGGGAACGUGAGGAGCAACGAGAGAGAAGGAAGUACAACUACACCCUGCUGAGGGUGCGGUUGCCAGAUGAAAACUUGCUUCAAGGAACAUUCUUGGCAAGGGAACGUGUUGCAGCACUGUACAAGUUUGUGCGCGAGUCCCUUGUGGAUGGUUGGCAGCCAUUUGAACUAGUGGCUCCAGGUGGACAGAAACUGAAGGACGAUGAGGAGGUGGCCUUCAACGAGUGCAGCUUGGUCCCAGCAGCUCUGCUGUCACUUUCCUGGGAUGCAGCAGUGCAGGCAGACAUUGCAGCAGCUGGAGGACCGAGCCCUUCGCUCCUUAAGCCGGAGCUACUGGAAAACAUCAAGAACCUAGUUUGAGCAGACACAUUUUUUUUUAUAGCCCCCUGUUGUGGAAGUUAAUACUGCCUCAGUGUCUAGGGUUCAGUAACUUCACUGUUGAGGCAAAUACAAUGGAGUCAAACAGCAGAAAGAAAAUAACCGCAUCCAGUGUUUCCAAUUACACACGAAUGUAGUACAGCUGAGUGGGAUACUUCUAGUGGAGCUCUCACAAGUAUGGCUCUGUGCUGCUGAGGCAGGGAGUGUUGUCUGGAUGUAUGUGAUCCAGUCCUCAUGGUGUUAAUCAAAAGAUUAUCAUCAGUCAGCAAUGAUACACUACACACCCACUGAGCAUCCUUCCUAAAGCACUGAAACAGACUGCAGACAAAACUACUUUUAAAUUUAUCUUUGAAAUGAAGGCAAUGGAUAAAAACUAUGAUGUAAUAAGUAGGAAUCAGUGCGGGCUUCAGGGUGAUGGGUUGGUUUUUUUUUUAUAGCUGGGAUGGGUGAACAUGCAUGUAUUGUCCUGUUCCUGCUUGGCAGUUUAACCUCAUGGAAUUCAUGUUGAAUAGAAAACAUACUUGUAAGCAUGGCUGCUGAAGGUAAUUUUGCUGCAGUUACAAGUUAUAUAUUGUUUAUACAGUUUAUUCUUGGUCUCCAGAGAUCUGAUUUCAGGUGGAAGUAUUUGGCAACAUUCAUUGAGAAUAUCACAGUAAGCAUUUUAAGAGAAAAGUAAAUGCAUAAAUCAUCAUUAUGGCAAAUUUCAAUAGUUAAUUAAAAUUUGUUAUAAAGCCACUUGAAGUCUCUGAUUUCAGGAUGAAUAGUUGACAGCUGAUAUACAUUUCCUACUUAUUGAUAUACUGUAUACAUUAUAUAUUUUUACCCA